UCAGCAUUAUUAUUGAUGGCGACAAUAGCUUAUUAUAAAAAGUUUCAGUUUUUUCAAUAUUUCAAAGAAAUGGUGCUUAGUGAGAUGUUUAAAAAUAUGUGCCACAUUGAAAGAAAUCUCCAGUGCAUAAAAGAUAUGCCCCGUGUUGGUGUCAAUAAUAUUAGAGAUUUUAAUGGGGCUUUUCGAAAGCGAAAAGUUAAGGGUCGUGGGCCUGGCUCUGGACAUGGGAAGACUGGAGGUGUAGGUCACAAAGGUCAAGGACAACGUGGUACACAAGCUCGUAUUGGCUUUGAAGGUGGUCAAACACCAUUCUAUAGACUAGUUCCAAAGCACGGAUUUACUAACAAGUUAUUCAAAAAAGAAUAUGCUACAGUGCAAUUACAUCGUCUACAAUAUAUGAUUGAUAGCAAAAGAAUUGAUCCUAAUGAAAAAAUAACCCUUAGUACAUUAUGGAAGUCUGGUGCUGUUUCUGGAAGAAUAAAAGAUGGAAUUAAACUUCUUGGCGGGGGAUCCACAUGGUUUGAAGGUAAAAUUGAUAUUGAAGUUACGCGUGCAUCAAAAUCUGCAAUCGAGGCUGUUGAAAGAAAUGGAGGCACUAUAAAAGCUGUUUAUCAUGAUCGAGUAGCACUUAGGUGCGCACUAAAACCAGAAAAAUAUGAAAUAAUGCCAAGACCUGCUCGACCUAAUAACAAACUACUUUUAUGGUAUUCAGACCCAGAUAAUAGGGGUUAUCUUGCUAAUCCAGAAGAAAUUAAAAAAAGACGAGAAAGUAUGGUCAAUCUAGGUCCUGUUGUUCAAAAGGUUUCUACUUCUCAUGAAAAAAAUCUGUAGUGACAUUUAGAAAAUCUUGUUGUUUGUGACUAGGAAAUUGUUUUUAUAGUA